UCUAGUCUAGUCUAGGGUUUUAGCCAAGUAGCGUUUCGCCCGGUUCCCCUCCCCUCACCCACACUCGUCUCUCGCCGGAAUCCAUGCCGCGCCGGCGAAUCUAGAUAGGGUUUCCGCCGUCGGAUGAAUGGACUCCACCGACGACUCCUCCCUGGCGGCCUCCUCGGGCGCCGCCUCCUCCUCCCCCUACUACGUCCACCACCGCCCCUCCCCAGCAUUUGCCAGGAAAUCGUUCCUCGGCACCGUCGGCACCGGGUUCACCCCGCAUGUCAUCAUCAUCCCAUCAGGAGAGGAUGUCGCAGCCAGGAUAAUGUCCUUCUCGCAACAGGGCCCAAGGGCGGUCUGCAUCAUGUCAGCAUCAGGGGCUGUCUCCACUGCAACCCUUCAUCAGGAUGCGGGUUCUGGCAGUGUAGUUAAAUAUGAGGGUCGAUUCGAAAUCCUGUGCCUCUCUGGAUCAUACCUGGUUAUAGAUGACGGUGUUACGCGCACACGAAACGGAGGGCUGUGCAUAGCGCUGUGUGGUGCUGAUCACAGGGUUAUUGGAGGAAGCGUUGGUGGAGUCCUGACAGCAGCCGGGACAGUUCAGGUGAUUGUGGGGAGCUUCAUGUACGCGGGGUCGAAGAAGAGCAGGAAGGGUAAGGCCGGGCAGGAGUCUGCUGCAGCGGAGGAAGAACAGACCGGCGAUGCCAACGGGGGCAGGGGCGGAGACGGAGUCGGAGUUGGAGGCGAGGCGGAGGAAGAGGGCCCUUCGCCGCUGAUGCCGAUGCCCCGCGGAGAGGAGGAGCUGCCGUCGGACGCGAUGAUGAGCGGGUGGACGGGCAUGAUGCGGCAGAUGGAGUCGCGGUCCUGCGGCGGCAUCGACAUCAACUCGAUCCGGGAGUGAAGGAUGUAGACUGUUUAAUUAGUUUGGUACGGCGGAAGUUGAGCCUAGGCUAGCUUAGCUAGUGGAUGAUGGAUGGAUGAUUCUAGGGUUUGGUUGGGCUGGUUGUGUUCCUCUCCUGCGUGGGUUUAAAAAGAAGUCUAGUUAGUAUAAUGAAUGUUGUCGUCGAGUAUGAUCAGUUUAACCGAUGAUGUUGGCGCCGGUCGGUCGGGCGGAUCUAUGAUGGAAAUAGUGGAUUCGGUUGUUGGUUGAUGGUGUGGUCUGGUAUGGUAUGGUAUGGUAUGAUGUAGUUAUAGGCAGCAGCAAUGAGCAACUUGUUUGUAGCUAGUCUCUUUCUUGGUUGCAGACAGACAGACAGACUUUGACAGUUUUAUUUUCCUUUC